CAUUUAUUUCGUAUAUAUUUGAUGUCUUUUGAAUAAAAAUGCUGUUGCUUUGAGGAAUUAGUGUAAAUUGAACCCAUUUUCAUGCAAAUAAGAUUAGAAAACAAAAUUAUGUAGUCUUUGAAUAGGAAUGGAAAUGGAUAUCUCUUUAUGUUCAUUUUCAGCAGUUAUGUAAUCCGUAACGCCUCUUUCAUUGAGUAAGAUAAAUCAAAAUAUAACACUUAAUACUGGGAACUUUUGAUAAUGGAUCCUCCCAAAAAAAUAAAACUCAAGCAGGUGCAAAGAGACCAACGGAGGGCUUGACUAAAGCUACGGAAUUUCAAAUUCUUUCCAUGAGAAGUAAGCGAAUAACCAGGAAGCUUUAUAGGUUUCUUCUUCGUUCCUUCCCUGAUUGCAUCAUUAGAUAAAUUAGUUAAUAGUUGUGGAGGAGAGAUACCCGUUUAAAUUAAAUGCAGGAUGUGUUUAAACAACUAAAUCUUGCUGAAUAGGCAACCUUUUAAAUAUGACGAUUUUACAUCUUGUGACUUAAAACUUCUCAAGGAUUUUAUAUUUCAUUAUUCCCCUCUACUUUUUUGCCCCCUCUUUCGAGUUUUUUAUUCUAGCUAAUAGGUUUUUUUGGGUUAAAAUUGUCCAAAUAUUGUUUGCUAGAUUAAGUAUUGUGUACUUGGUGUUCUCUGUAAGGUUUUACACUAUGCAGCUUAAAGAUCGGUUAUUCAGAUUUCCCAAGAUAAAGCAUCAUGCCAACAUGACCCAAUAUCUUUGUUCUAUUAGAGGCAUUGUUUGGUAUAUUGGAGUUUCUAAGCCAUCUAAUGUGGAUCCGGCUGAUAUCAAGGGAGCCGUGGGUGCUGAAAUUGCGCAGUCACAUUGUGGGCACUUUCAUGUGCUACCUGCUGUUGAUGAACUUGCAGGCUUUCAGACUUUCAGGUCCAAAGUUUAUAAAGCUGAAUUAUUAUGGCAUGCUGAGAUCAUUGUGAGGCUUGAACUCUCUGUUAGCUCUGCAAUAUGUUUAGAUAUCUUAUGCUGUGUUUUAACAGUCAUAAAGAGCCAAUUAACACUAAAUAAGCUGUGCAAUCUGCAAACGGACACCAUCAAGUUGAGGAUUGAUAACAUUGCCAAGGUGGUGCUGGCCUAUAAAACCUUAUUUGAUUGGUGAUCACACAACAUAUGACUUCAUUGAGAAGAAAGAGGUUGUUUUUGUACUGGAUGAUUAGAAGAAUCGCACCAAGCAAAGCACUUCUCUUUUUCUCUUUAUAACCAAGAAAUCUCCGAGGGCCAGUGGCACACGGUUCGAAACUCGGUGGAUAAUGGGUCCGCCCCUCUACCCUUCUCUACUUAAUACAAGGCUUUUGUCUGUAGUAGAGUUCGAACUACUCCAAGCAAAGCAUCAAGUUCCCAAUGAAAGAUCAGCUGGGGGAUAGUCAUGCUGUUUAGAGCACUACCAUAUGUAAUUACAUGUACCAUAAGUAAGGUCUGUCUAGACUAGCACUGCCGUUUAGUUUUUGCUUGUGCUGUUAGCAACUGUUAAUAGCAGCAUCGUUUACCUCUCACUUGGCUACAACACUGUACACAUGUUAUUACAUUGUGUUUUUAAAUUGAGCUCAAGUCAAACUCUUACCGAGUUUUCCUA